UGAGGCGCUGUUCUCACUAACGGUCACAGGCCUCAUCACGUUGUCACAGUCACCUGACACGGUGAGCAGGGCAUAGCCAAGGGAAGCCGUGCUGGCCUCCUGGGGCUGGGCAGUGGGUAACGCGGUGGCUUGACCAGGGCUGGGAGUCGCGAGCUGGGGUGAGGGCUCCAAAUGCCCUCGACGUCCCCUCACAGGCCCCGAUCCACUCAGUGCACCAUGGGCACAGCCUGCCAGGAGGCUGCUGCAGGGAUUCCUGGGCCACCACCAGGCAGCCAGGCAGGAGGCCGGUGCUUAAUGGCCAGAGCAUUUUGGCCUGGGUGGUCUUUCACCACUUCACAUAAAAGGAAUUCUGUGCUUCGUACAGGCAAGGAAAAUACUGGUCCUGCUGCCAGACUUGAACGGGGCCCUGAGGAGUACAAACGCAGACACCAGAAUGAAGGCCCUGCUCAUUCUGAGAAAUGUGAUGGGUCAUUUGAAGAAGAAGGCCAGCUCCACCGCUCUGCAGCUGGCUGAGAAACUCCUGCAACUGUUUGAUGAUGUAAGGCUGCUAUGGAAGCCUGAUCCUCACUGAUGGGCCCUUUGCAAGGACAAGUGUCCGUUAGUAGAGCCUGGUGGCGGCACUUGCAUAGCACUGUGCCCCUCCUCAUGCCCCUGUGCUCUCAUGGGGAUGCCUUCUGGGCUCUGCAGCCCAGCCCAGCUUCUCCCUGACUUGCUGAUGGCUCUGGGAGAACUGAACCCCCUCCCCUCAGCCACGCUGAUGCCCUUGCUCAGGGAGCUGCUGCUGCUGAAGUCCUCCUGUCCUCCUCCUUACCAGGUGUCCAGCCAGGUGCGAGAGCUCUCCAUCUGCCUCUUCAAAGAAAUACUACAGAUGGCAGAUUGGAAGCACCGGCGGCAGAUGCAGAAGGCGGCGCGGGAGAGCCUGGUCCCACUCGUGUUGCACAUGAGUGAUGAGACUGAGAGUGUGGCCAAGGCAUCUUAUGAAGCCCUCUGUGAAGUUGCAAGGGUGCUCAAAUGGAAACGGCUCGGUCACCGCGUGCGGGUACUGGAGAGAGAGAGAACUGUGGAGUGCUUGCUGGAGCACGACCGGAGCAGGGCUGAAGAGUAUGUGCGUCACAGCAUGCCUUAUCUGCAGCACGCUCAGGUCACCGUGCGAACGGCAGCCGUGAGGUUCAUCGGACUGGCCGGGAAGCACCUGGAGAACAGCAGCAAGGACACGCUGCAGGAGAUCUACAGCGCCCUCUACAAUUCAAGCAAAGACAAGGAAUUCCAGGUCUCAUCCCUGGCAGUUCACACCAUGGACAUGCUGAGAACUUCAUGGACACAGCCAAGAAUUCGAUGGACCCUGUGGGCGCUGUGGUGA